AUGCCCGGCUUUGUUCCUGACCACUCGGCAAAGGCAAUGCUUACACAGCGAGGCGGCCCGAUGCCGCGUGCUUUAGGCGUAAGAAGGGCAGAGCGUUCGGGCAGCGGUACGACACAAGAUGUUCCUAGAGUGGACCCUGGAGGCAUGCAGAGUGGAAUGUCCACGCGGCAAAGUGGGAUCGUCCCACCUUUCGAAACAAUAUUUGCUUGCAGGCAGAGAGAACGAAGGAAUUGUAAUCUUGCCCUCAAGACCCGACUUUUUGCCGUUAUCAAAUAA